UCUUCUCUUCAGUCCAAUUCAAACCACUACAUCAGCAGGGAGGAUGCCAAGAUGGUGACUGCAGCUUCCGAGUAGCAGUAGGAGAUAGAGCAUAGGUCGUUGUCCAGAAAUACCAACGAACCAGUUCAUCGAUCCCUGCAGCAUAGAGCCGCAAGCUACUUCCCCCAAUCUCCCGUACGUAGGAGUUCAACUGGCCUUUCUUUGAGAUGACACGAUCUAACAGCCUCGCUGAGGAUCCUAGCAGCCAUGACCAUCCUCUUCCUGCUAGUUCCAACAAUGAGCUGCCACCCCAAGCAGCCGAGGCAGGUGGCUCUCGACCCCAAGCAGGCCACCCUAUUGUCGGCAUCGACCGCCCUACAAAGAAGCUUCUCAGGUGGCUCUCGCCCCUGGAGGGGACGGGCAAGAGGCUCAGAAUCAUGUCCAUCGUCGGACCUACCGGCAUGGGCAAGACGACACUUGCCUUGGAGCUCCGCAAAUGGAUCAGCUGCCAAGCAAGUGGAGGGCACCACUAUUUCCAGUUCAACGUUAUGGCCCAGGCGUCCCGGAGGGCCGAUCGAAACGAGCUUCUUCUUCGAGACAUCCUCUCACAGAUUUCAGAUCCAGCACCGGCAGGCGCGCCUGAGCCAACACAAUCCAUGCCAUUGGAGCUGCUAGUUCCCCUUGUUUCGCAGCGCCUGCAAGAUAAGAGAUACUUCAUCCUGAUUGAUGAUAUGUACAUGCGGCGAGAAUCGGAUUGGGAGAAAAUCAAGGGCGCGUUUCCUGAUUAUAAUGUCGGGAGCCGAAUACUGAUCACAACACGCUUUCCAAGUAUAGCAUGGUUGUGUUGCUCUGAUUCUGGUGGGCUUGUGCAUGUGAUGAAGCCUCUGAACAAGAUGGAUUCAAAAAUGCUGCUUCUAUUGAAAGCUUUUGGUUCUGUAGAUGUUAUGCUACCAGAAAAUGUUAAGCUAUAUGCUGACAAAACCUUGAUGAGAUGUGAAGGUAUACCAUUGUUCCUAAGUGGCAUGGCAGAAUGCUUGAAGCAACAACUGCAACAGCAGCAGCAGCAGCAGGACCAACAACAUCAAGAAGAGGCCGAGGAUGAGGUGCAUCAGAGAAAUGGAAUUUGUAGCGAGGAACAGGUCCCCCAGCUACCAAAACAGAUCGAACAAGCACUAGCCUCUACUUUUGAUGACAUUCCUUAUGAGUUGAGGUCACUAUCAUUGUACAUGAGCAUGUUUCCAUAUGGGUACAAGUUUGACAAGGACCGGCCCGUCAUGAAAUGGUUGUGUGAAGACCUUACAGAUGAUUGGGAUGAGUGGCGCAAUGUUGAAGAUGCAGACGCAGAGAAGUACUUCUUCCAGCUAGUCGAUACGAAUGUCAUCACCAUGAUGGCAGCAAGUUACAAAAGCAAUCAGGAUGAAGCCGAGGCCUCUCAGUGGCAUGUGAAUCAUUUCAUGCAGCAGUUCCUGGCCUCCAAAUCAGCAGCGACAGGCUUUGCUUUCACCGGUGCCACACUCAAUUUAGAAGCAGCAUCAGCAACAGGCCAUGGCAACAAAACCAGGAUACGGCGGAGGCUUGCCGUCCACCAUUCAGAUCCCUGCCUCCCAUCGCUGUUUGAAACAAUUGACUUGUCUCAAACUCGUUCCCUAGCUGUGUCUGGUACGAUCAGCAGAAUUCCUUUCGAUAAGUUUAAUUUAGUAGUGCUGGAUCUCGAAGGUUGGGAGAAUUUGGAAGAUGAUGAUCUACGGCAGGUAUGCAGAAGCAAAAUGUUCUUUCUACAGUAUUUGAGUGUUAGGAAUACUCAAGUAAAAAAGCUCCCAGAUGAGAUCAAGGAGCUGUGCAGUCUGAUGAUGUUGGAUCUAAGAGGCACACAGAUACGCCAGUUGCCCAAGCAAAUUGUGGGGCUUCGCUCAACUUUGCGUGCUCUGCUCCUUGGUAGUGAAGGAAUGAUUAAUCCCAUUGCACCAGCGGGUGUACAACAUUUGCACAUGCUAUCGACACUAGCCACCAUUGAUUUGAGUGAACAACCUGCAAGCUUCGUUGAGGCUCUCGGUGCUAUGGAGAACUUGAGGGUGCUUGCAAUAACAUGGUCUUUUCACCAGUCUAGCGACGGAACCUACCGUGAAGCAUUACGGUCAUGUGUCAGAAAGUGGAAAUGGCUCAAGUCGUUGACCAUCCACUGUGGACUCGGGUGCUCCAUGGAAUUUCUGGGCGUACUGCCUGAUCCUCCUCAGAAUCUAGAGCAGUUCAAGGUGACAGCAGGAAGAUUUGUAACUGUUCCCAAAUGGAUCAGGAAUCUCCAAUUUUUAUCUUCCGUGCAAAUCACCGUAUGCAGACAAGACACAGAUGAUCUGAAGAUACUCGGACACUUGAUCAACUUGGAGUGUUUAGAACUACGCUUGGACUUCAUUCCGGAAGAAGCUAUAGUGAUUGAAAGUGCAGGAUCAUUCCCUGAGCUUCAGAGGUUUUCUGUGGACUGCCCUGUGCCAUGGCUCACUUUCAGAACAGGAGCUAUGCGGAAGCUCGCAUAUCUUCAACUGAAAUUCUUGUCUUGCCCGGCGAGCAGCCAGACUAGUGUUCCUUCAGGUAUCGGCAGCCUCCAAAGUCUUACUGAGGUAGCCUUGUGCUACCACGAAAGGUACUCCGACAGCCCCAACGUCAAGGUGAUAGAGAAGGUAGUGAGGGAAGCAGUUGCGGACCACGAUAACCAGGUCGACCUGUUCAUCAAUGGUGUGCAAUACUACGAUGUUCAAGCAGCUGACGAGGAGACAGGGUACUGCAAUCAGAACUCAAAGUGGAAUCGAUGCUGAAAUUAAAGAUGAUGUUCUAGCAAUUGAAGCUGAUGCUGCAAGGGAUGCCUUGCUCAAGACAAGGUAAUCACGUGCUGUUGGAUGGAAUGCUGUAUAUGAAUCACAUCAGUUUUGUAACAACUUUUUAUAGGCUUUAUGUUUUGCUGCUGUGAUGAUCUCCCCUUGAGUGGUGUCAAUUGCAAGAAAGAUACAGAUGCUUUACUUCAACGAAAGACAAGAAGAAGAGUUCCAUCCUGCCAUCUUGGCAAUGAUAUUACAGGAUGAUAUACCUGCUUCGACACUCUAUUGGUUGCAUGUAUCUGUAUGACUGUAUCUUAUAUCAGAUGAUGUCUCUGCUUUGCUAGCAGUCAACUCCCUCCACUCUGAAAUAUUUGUCACCAUUAUUGAUAUUUUUCAUUCGUUUGGCUA